ACAUACAUUCUCCUGGAAUUAACCGGAGCAGGAGCGGUCGAUCGAGAUGGGGGAUCAGGGCAAAGCAUCGUCGUCGUCGUCGUGGUGCCGCGGCCGGCGGGGCCCGGUAGGGUUCGGGCUGGCGCUGGCCCGGCUGGUGCGGAGGAUGCGGAGGCGGAGCAAGAUGCUGCUGUGCACGGCGGCGCCGGCCGCGUCGUCCCGGUACUGCCCGCAGUACGACCCGCUGAGCUACGCGCGCAACUUCGACCGCGACGGCUUCGGCACCGCGCUGCAAGACGACGUCUCCGGCGCCGGCCAACUCUGCCACCACUACACCUUCGCCUCGCGCUUCGUGAGAAUUGCUCCCUAUUUUGUUUCGUUCUUUAUCCCCCGACCGCGCCGCCGCUAGCUAGGGAAAAAAAUUAUAUGAAACCAGGUCUCACGAUAAGAGGAUCAUCUUCCGGAUUAUGAUAUGGUGGUUGUACUGUAAUGUACUGUAGUAAGGAUUUCCAGGCCUUCUUGGCUCCAUUGAAUUUGGCCUGUUAACAUGAUGCAUGUCACGUCAGGGGAUCCUAACCAGGAGGUAUUCACAUAGUUUA